GCGGCCGCCGGGCGCCAUGGAGCAGUGGCGGCAGUGCGGCCGCUGGCUCAUCGACUGCAAGGUCCUGCCGCCCAACCACCGGGUCGUGUGGCCCUCGGCUGCGGUCUUCGACCUGGCUCAGGCGCUGCGCGAUGGCGUCCUGCUCUGCCAGCUGCUGCACAACCUGUCCCCAGGCUCCAUCGACCUCAAGGACAUUAACUUCCGGCCGCAGAUGUCCCAGUUUCUGUGUUUGAAGAAUAUCCGCACCUUCCUUAAAGUCUGCCACGAUAAAUUUGGACUCAGAAACAGUGAGCUGUUCGACCCCUUUGACCUCUUCGAUGUCCGAGAUUUUGGAAAGGUCAUCUCGGCCGUGUCCAGGCUCUCUCUGCACAGCAUCGCACAGAACAAAGGCAUCAGGCCUUUUCCCUCAGAGGAGACCGCAGAAAACGAUGAUGACGUGUACCGAAGCCUGGAGGAGCUGGCGGACGAGCACGACCUGGGGGAGGACAUCUAUGACUGCGUCCCGUGUGAGGAUGAAGGAGACGACAUCUAUGAGGACAUCAUCAAGGUGGAGGUGCAGCAGCCCAUGAAAAUGGGCAUGACAGAGGAUGACAAGAGGAGCUGCUGCUUGCUGGAAAUCCAGGAGACUGAGGCCAAGUACUACCGGACCCUCGAGGACAUCGAGAAGAACUACAUGAGCCCGCUGAGGCUGGUGCUGAGCCCCGGGGACAUGGCGGCCAUCUUCACCAACCUGGAGGACCUGAUUAAGGUGCACCACAGCUUCCUGCGGGCCAUCGACCUAUCCAUGAUGGCGGGGGGCAGCACCCUGGCCAAGGUCUUCCUCGACUUCAAGGAAAGGCUCCUCAUUUAUGGCGAGUACUGCAGCCACAUGGAACACGCCCAGAACACGCUGAACCAGCUCCUCGCUGGCCGCGAGGACUUCAGGCAGAAGGUCGAGGAGUGCACGCUGAAGGUCCAGGAAGGCAAGUUCAAACUGCAGGACCUGCUUGUGGUGCCCAUGCAGAGGGUGCUCAAGUACCACCUCCUCCUGAAGGAACUUCUGAGCCAUUCCACUGACCGGCCUGAGAGACAACAGCUCAAAGAAGCUCUGGAAGCCAUGCAGGACUUGGCCAUGUACAUCAAUGAGGUCAAACGGGACAAAGAGACCUUGAAGAAAAUCAGUGAGUUCCAGAGCUCCAUUGAAAACCUGCAAGUGAAACUGGAGGAGUUUGGGAGGCCGAAAAUAGACGGCGAGUUGAAAGUCCGCUCCAUAGUCAACCACACCAAGCAGGACAGGUACCUGUUCCUCUUUGACAAGGUGCUCAUCGUGUGUAAGAGGAAGGGCUACAACUACGAGCUGAAGGAGAUUAUUGAGCUGCUGUUCCACAAGAUGACAGAUGACCCCAUGAACAACAAGGACAUCAAGAAGUGGUCCUAUGGCUUCUAUCUGGUCCACCUUCAAGGAAAGCAGGGCUUCCAGUUCUUCUGCAAGACGGAAGACAUGAAGAGGAAGUGGGUGGAGCAGUUUGAGAUGGCCAUGUCAAAUAUCAAGCCAGACAAAGCCAAUGCCAACCACCACAGCUUCCAGAUGUACACAUUUGACAAGACCACCAACUGCAAAGCCUGCAAGAUGUUCCUCAGGGGUACCUUCUACCAGGGCUACCUGUGUACCAAGUGUGGCGUUGGGGCACACAAAGAGUGUCUGGAGGUGAUGCCGCCCUGCAAGAUCAGUUUUCCUGCAGACCCGGACGCCUCUGGAGCGGGACCAGGUCCCAAGAUGGUGGCUGUGCAGAAUUACCAUGGCAACCCCGCGCCCCCUGGAAAGCCGGUGCUCACCUUCCAGACGGGUGAUGUGAUGGAACUGCUUCGAGGGGACCCUGAGUCGCAGUGGUGGGAGGGUCGGCUGGUCCAAACCAGGAAGUUGGGUUAUUUCCCAAGUUCGUCUGUGAAGCCCUGCCCUGUGGACGGAAGGCCACCCAUCGGCCGGCCACCGUCCCGGGAGAUCGACUACACCGCAUACCCCUGGUUUGCUGGCAACAUGGAGAGGCAGCAGACAGACAACCUGCUCAAGGCCCACGCCAGCGGUACCUACCUGGUCCGGGAGCGGCCGGCUGAGGCGGAGCGCUUCGCAAUCAGCAUCAAGUUCAAUGACGAGGUCAAGCAUAUCAAGGUGGUGGAGAAGGACAGCUGGAUCCACAUCACAGAAGCAAAGAAGUUCGAAAGCCUCUUGGAGCUGGUGGAGUACUACCAGUGCCACUCACUCAAGGAGAGCUUCAAGCAGCUGGACACCACGCUCAAGUACCCCUACAAGUCACGGGAGCGCGUGGCCUGCAGGGCCUCCAGCCGGUCCCCAGCUUCCUGCGCUUUCUACAACUUUUCUUUUCUCAGUCCUCAGGGCCUCAGCUUUGCUUCUCAGGGCUCCUCCGCUCCCUUCUGGUCAGUGUUCACGCCCCGAGUCAUCGGCACGGCUGUGGCCAGGUAUAACUUUGCAGCCCGGGACAUGCGGGAGCUCUCAUUGCGAGAAGGCGACGUGGUGAAGAUUUACAGCCGCAUCGGCGGGGACCAGGGCUGGUGGAAAGGCGAGGCCAAUGGGCGGCAGCUGAAAAGCCUGGUGCCAGUGGGGAAACGGAGGCUGCAGAGAUCUAGCCGGGCACUAGGAAGCAGACAUACUGUCAGAUCUGGACCCAGGCCUGAUUCAGCCCUGUCCUGUUUUGUGCCACCUUCAUGACCACUGCAGGGAGAUAGGCCCAGUGUACCAUCUUCAGACCACUCACAAGGGUCCAAUCCCUGCUUGCAGAUUGGCUGGUUUCCUUCAACAUACGUAGAAGAGGAGGGCAUCCAAUGACAGCAGGUGCUCGGACCAGACUCAAGGAUUUUCUCGGAAGAGUGGCUCCAGCUCUGAAGUCGGUCUCUAGCUCCAUGACUCAGAGGGAAAAUGCCCACCAACCUUCCAGGAUUCAGCAGCCCUAGGGGUGGGGUGGGUGUUCAGUGUCCUAACCAUGAAUCGUUCCACCAUCAGUGUGCCCUCGUGACCUGCACAGGGCAUGCUACUUGUACAUAGAGGAAACCUGGGCUAGCCCUGCUGAGGGUGCCAUCACCCACAGCACCAAGGGGGUGGGUGCCCAUGGCGUUAUGGGCAGGCCCUGGGUGACUGAUGAGGCCAGAACACAUCGCUUGCUCGUCCUGCUGAGAUGGUGUUCAGGAGCCUAGGUUUAAGCAGCAGAGGCUGCCCCAGAGAGGGCUGGGGACGGGGGGAGGACUGCUUCAGCCCCUCCUGCUCAGCCUGGCUGCUCAGCCCGCCUGUUUUCUGCUGCUCGCUCUGUCUCCCAGGGUGAGGCUCUGGUCCUCGAGAGGCAGGAAGGUCCAGGGCCAGCUGUCUGCUGUGACCCCUGCUCAGCCCGGCUGUGCUUGGGUGUAGAAGAAGAGAGCAUUGCAGGGGGGCUCUGUGCACUCCCCCCAACUCCCAGAACUUCCCCUUGACUUCCACUCUGCCCUCAGCACCAGGGGAGGCGGGGACCCCACAGGGCAGGCCUCUCUUAGGUAGCGGCCUUAGGAACAAUGAAAUUGCUUACCCUACUGCCCAGUCAAUGGUACUGUCCUUCCCCCUCGUCCUGAGAGUCCCUCCCUGAAUCCCAAGAAUGUGUCUGCCCUGCCCUGCUGCCAGGCAGAUCCAUAUUUUGAAAACCCUAAAAUGGGCCAGGAAGAAAACAGGGGUUUCCCCCACUUUUGGUCCCUGCUGCUCACAUUCCUCCCCAGAAGGAGACUCCAUCAUUCACACCCCGGUGGACCUAUCUGGGCUCCUUGGAUCCUGCAAGGUUGUCCCUGGAGGUCUUCCCAGCCUUUGCACAGGACAUCUGUUCCAGCUCUUGCCGGGUCUUUCUCCAAAGGGCUCCUGCAGUCUAUAAACCAGGCCCAUGGCCAGCCUGAAAUAAGUGCUCUUUUGGGGUACCUCUAUCCCCUUUCCUCCCCCUUUCUGGCAUCUCCUAGCCUUUGGCCUUUGACUGGCAUGGUCAGACCCCAUUUGCUUUACCCUCAUGUUACAUGGGACCUAGUGACAUGUCUCCCUCUGAGCUCCGUGCCAAAGCUGCUGUGAGGCCUGGGUCCCAGGUGGCCCCCUCUCCUUCUGCUCAGCUGCAUGGCCCUGUGUGAGGAAGAGGGUGUUGGGGAGGCUGGUCCCUGCCGGGAAGGAUGCUGGUUACUGCGCUGCGGCCUGGGGAUUCCUUUCUGAGCUCAGCCUUUGACCUCCGAGCUGGGAUGACAUACCCAGAAUCCUAGGGCAUGGAGAAGAGGCAGGGGCCACCAGAAAGGUGAUGCUCACCUGGGGGAAUGAAGAAGAAAGCCUGGAGAGACUGGAGAAAUGAGGGAGAUGCUUGGGGCUGGUGGGGCAAGAAGGGCACGAAGGUUAGACUCGGAGGGAGUGUUCUGGGAUCCUUAUCUGUGUCAGGUGCACCAAGCACUUUGUGAGUGACCUUCGGCUCAGCUGGCCCGGCAGGGAGCGGGGAGGGAGCAGGGAAAAAACCAGCCUCCUUGUGUUUACUGUUGUCAGAAACUUUUUUUUUUUUUAGCUUUGUUUUUUUAAGGGGAAAAAGUUUGUAAUUAUGUCAUCCAAAUCCCCCAUUAUGUAUCUGUGAACGAUAGGAAAAGAUUUUAUAGAGCAAGAAAAUGACGUAUAUUUUAGUUCCUCACACAAGUCAUCAUGAUAACGAAGGGUACUGAGGGGAAAAUAUGUAGAGCCCUCGUUUUUGUGAAAUUUUUGUUCUGUUUUUGUUUACUUUAAAAUUUGUAUUUGGUUUUGUUUGUUUUUUGCACUGACCAGGAUGGGAGGAGGGCUGGGGAAGGCUGGGGUGCGGUGGUUUUGCCAAGAAGGAGGGGCGCCCCUGAAGUAGCUUAGGGUUGGGACCUGGGACUUAGCUGUGAACACAGGAGCCCAAUGCAUGCGGUUCAGGGAUGGGGUUUCCGCAGCCUGCGACUACCCCAAAUGGAACACAAACUGUACAUUUGCCAAUGGGUUUUUUCAGACCAUGGUUUUUACUGCAAAUAAACCUCUGUUUCUUUCUGCA